AUAAAUCGAGCUCGUGGUCUCUUGUCUUGUUUGGGGGAGCGUCUUCUGCGUUGCCACCAUGGCGAGCUACUCUCGCGUCCUGCUUCGGAUGCUCCCGCUGCGGCGUUGGCCUCUGCCCGGCCUAGGCCCCGUCUGGCUCAGCGAGCCGCAACCGGCGUGCAGGCUCCUGUGGCCGGCCAGCCCCAGCUUCGUGGACCGCGUGAUGGGCGACAUGGAGAGGCAAUUCCAAGAGAUGGAGAAGAUGAGCCGCGCCUUCUUCCAGGCGACGCCGCUGCCCUUCGGGGAGCGCGAAAGCCAGAAGGAAGCCUCGGAGGAGAACACCUGCCCGGCCGGGGAGAAAAACCAUUACCGCGUCUCGGUGGACGUGGCCGGCUUUACGCCCGAGGAGAUGACGGUGAACCUGGAGGGGAGGAAAGUGACGGUGACCGCCAAGCGCCAGAGGGAGAGCCAGGGCAAAGACAGCGGCUUCUGGGUGGAGCAUCAAGAGUUGCGCCGGGAGACUCUCCUGCCUCCUGAUGUGGACCUUCAGGCCAUCAGUUGCUCGCUGAAUCCGGAUGGACAGCUGUGCAUCGAGGCCCCGCGCCUGGCCGAGUCCGAGUCCGCCCAACAAACCAUCCCCAUCGAUGUGAAACCAGCCGAUCCGAGUCCCGGCGGGGAGGACAAGCCCAAGGAGCACUGAUGGUGUGGAUGUUCCUACCGCGCCUUUAGAAUCGCCCUAUGAAAAUGAGCAGGCUCUCAGUUGCUAGCUUAGAAAAGUCUCUGCAGCCUUGACUCUCUUCUUUCCUUGUCUACAAUAAAGCCUCUUUCCAUUUACCCGGGGA